UACAGUAGUAAAAUUCCAAUUUUAUGUAUACGUCAUACGCCAGUGAGAAAAAUAAUAGUACAGCUUAAUACUUUGACAGAAUCGUUGUAUUCGUUUAUUUUCUUUUGUACCGAAUAAGUGACUGGUUCGUAUACGCCAGAGUGUGAGCGAGAGAAAAAGAGUACCAAGUGAAAAUAAAUCUUCGUGAAAGAAAAAUUGAUUGGAACGGAAAAAGUUGUGCUGUGUGGCUGUGAAGUGCGCGGUGACGAAUUGGUUUUUAUUUUCGUUUCAUUUAUUGGAACAUUCGUUGUGUAUAACAAUAAAAAAAAGCAAAAAAAAAUAACGGCAAUAUGUUUAGUUUUUUGCGCCGGGAAAAAGUGCAACAGGAGGUAGUUGAAAAUGUUGUUAACGAAUUGAAGAAAAUUUAUCGAAGCAAAUUAUUGCCGCUGGAAGAGCACUAUCAAUUUCAUGAUUUUCAUUCACCAAAAUUGGAAGAUCCUGAUUUCGAUGCAAAACCAAUGAUAUUGCUGGUGGGCCAGUAUUCAACUGGAAAAACAACAUUCAUUCGAUAUUUGUUGGAACGUGAUUUUCCAGGUAUUCGUAUUGGUCCCGAACCGACAACCGAUCGAUUUAUUGCCGUUAUGCAUGAUGACAAAGAGGGCGUAAUACCUGGAAAUGCACUUGUCGUUGAUCCAAAACGACAGUUUCGCCCACUAUCCAAAUAUGGAAAUGCAUUUUUAAAUCGAUUACAAUGUUCGACAGUGAAUUCACCAGUGUUACAAGCGAUCUCAAUUGUUGACACACCAGGUAUUUUGUCGGGUGAAAAGCAGCGCAUUGAUCGUGGUUAUGAUUUUACAGGCGUAUUGGAAUGGUUUGCCGAACGUGUUGAUCGUAUUAUUUUAUUGUUUGACGCACAUAAAUUGGACAUUUCAGAUGAAUUUCGUCGUUCAAUUGAAGCGCUUAAAGGGCACGAUGAUAAAAUUCGAAUUAUUUUAAACAAAGCCGAUAUGAUUGAUCAUCAACAAUUGAUGCGUGUUUAUGGUGCACUUAUGUGGUCACUUGGCAAAGUGUUACAAACACCGGAAGUGGCACGAGUAUAUAUUGGUUCAUUUUGGGAUCAACCACUUCGCUAUGAUGUAAAUCGUCGUUUAUUUGAAGAUGAAGAACAAGAUCUAUUCAGAGAUUUACAAUCAUUGCCCAGAAAUGCUGCCUUACGUAAGCUAAAUGAUCUUAUAAAACGUGCACGUUUGGCUAAAGUACAUGCAUACAUUGUGUCCGAAUUGCGCAAUCAAAUGCCAUCGGUGUUCGGUAAAGAUGGUAAAAAGAAAGAGCUUAUCAAGAAUUUGGGACAAAUAUAUGAAAAAAUUCAACGUGAACAUCAAAUAUCGCCCGGUGAUUUUCCUGAUAUAAAAAAAAUGCAAGAACUUCUACAGCAUCAAGACUUCACAAAGUUCCAUUCGCUUAAGCCCAAUCUAUUAGAAGUGGUCGAUCAAAUGCUUGCCAAAGACAUUGCACGACUAAUGGAAAUGAUUCCACAUGAAGAGCAAAACCUUGUGGCCGAAACAGCCGUUAAAGGUGGUGCUUUUGAGGGUGUGGUCGAUGACGUUGUGUCACCGUUUGGUUAUAAACGAGGGGAAGGAAUUGAUGCUGGAUUUGGUGAACAUGAAUGGAUAUGUAAUCGUGAUCGUGACCGUACUGAUCCAAUAUUUGAAUCAUUAGGUCCGGUCGAUGGAAAAAUCAGUGGCGCAGCGGCCAAGACGGAAUUAAUUAAAUCCAAAUUGCCCAAUUCAGUGUUGAGCAAGAUUUGGAAGCUGGCCGACUACAAUGCCGAUGGUUUCUUGGAUGUUGAAGAGUUUGCAUUGGCCAUGCAUUUAAUCAAUGUUAAGUUGGACGGAAAUGAAUUGCCGAAUACAUUGCCCGAACAUUUAAUCCCACCGACCCAACGACUCAACGGUGUUGACUAAAUGAAUAUCACAUGUAGAAUGUGUGUAUGUGUGUGUGUUUUUUUUCUCUGGUGCUAAUGUGCAACAAUAUGAUUUUAAAUCAAAUAAAAGCUAAUAUAUAUUCUAUUAUUCAUCGCAAAAAGAAGAUAACAACAGAAAAAAUAUAUAUACAAAAACACUAUUAUAAAUUCUAACAAUGCAGUUUGAGAGUGCAAAUCACAAACACUAGAAUUGCGCGAAUAAAUUUGUCAACGACAUUUGUACAGCGAAUUGAAUACAUCCAGCAAAAAAGACCAACAACACCAAUAAAACAAAAUAUAAAUUAUACACAUCCAAACGAACGGUAUUCAAACCAUUUUGAAUUCAAUUCGAAGAUUUUGUAUUUUUUUAUAUGAAUAUUUAUGUAAACAUUUCUUACCAAAUAAGCCAUUCGCUAAAGUAUUCUAAAUUGCAAGAAAUUUUCGAUUUUCGUCUUUUUAAAUGUAUUGAAACAAAAAAUUACAAAUAAAAUCUUGCGAAUUAUCUGUGGAAAAUGAUUUAGAAGUUUUAGAGAAAAAAACGCUUCACGAUAAAAUAUUAAAAAAAAAACGAAAAAAAAAAA